CACCGAAAUACCUUCAAAACGAAACCGACUAAGAGGGAACAGGAAAGAACGAUAGAUACAGCACCCCUCUAUCAACGAAACUCGCAAUUAACCAAGCAAACAGCCAAAACGCAUCCAAAUGAAGACAGAUUCAAGAAGAAACUCACAACGGAGGUCUCUCACAGAGGAGAGAGUUCUUACCGUAUGUUGAGUGUGUUUUUGUUUUGGGGUCAUUCAGUCUUUUUGCAUGUGACAGAAGGUUAGAAUUCAAAGAGGGCAAAAGUGUUUUGAGUUCCCGUUCUGAUACCGCCCGCGCCGUCUCACUCACACGUUCACCCCCGUGAGUUUCCUCGACCCCACCUCGUCCAGCUUGAUUCGCCCAGGUAAAAAAAAAAAAGCUCAACAGGUUCUACUUCCUCUCGCAUCUCUCUCUCAAUAAAGUUUACAUCUUUGUAUUGAAAUGCAUGCCAACUUUUCUGGGCUCUGUUUAUUUUCUAUUUUUGAGCUCACGAUUCAGCUGCCUUGGAAUGUGAUAUCUGAUAUCUGGGCAGUUCUGGUUUGUUGUUGGAUUACACAAAACUGCAGUUUUAUGAUCUGGGUUUCCUUUGUUUUGCAUGACUGAAUCAAUAUAUGAUUGUUUUUUUAUUAGACUCUCUGCAGAUAUUCCAUUUUGUUAGUAGACAUAGUUUUUGCUACUAAUUGUGUCCUUAUCAAUGCACGUAUCUGAUAUUUUAUUUGUUUGAAUCCUCUUUUGUUCCAUUGUCGAUUUUCUUGAUGCUUCAAUUGUGUCUCUUUUGCUAUUACUUUUUGUUUGAUUGAUUAUAAUUUUGUAAAGUAUUGUUUGGCAGUUUUUAGUACCAAUUCUUCAACUAAAUGUGUACGGAAACGCUAAAAUAUUAUUUGUUUUACCAUACCUAUGCACAGCAAUUUUUGAAUCAAACGUAUGUGUUUUAAUGUUUGGUGUUUGAUUCAACAGCUAUUUCAAAGUGCUACAAUAUUCUCUUGGAUUGUUUUAGUAUAUUUUUUUAAAAAAAUUUCAGGUAAAAAAAACGAACUGAGCCCAAACCGAACUAGAACUGAACAAAAAACCGAAAGGCACCGAACCAAACCAAACUGAACAGUAAUUUCAGUUUGGUUUUAGAUUUCGGCAAAAAAUCAAACCAAUUGGAACCGAACUCACCCCUAGUGAAGUCCAUCCGGAGAGAGAGAGAGAGAGAGAGAAAGAGAGAGAAUGGCUUGCAAUGCAAGUGUAGUCCACCAAGCAAUGGCAUCCGCCAUAGCACAGCCUAACAAAGCUCCUCCUCCACCCUCCUGUGCACAUCUUUCUUUGUCUUCCAAUUCAAAGUCCAAGCCUUUCAAGCUCCUUCGAUCCUCCCAAUAUUCUUUCGCGUCCACCUUCUCCCCCUCUCGCCCGCAAACCGUAGUUCCCUUUUGUCCCAGCAGAGUUCCCAAUUUCCUGUAUGGUUUAGUGCAUGUUGCUGCUGGAGAUUUACUUAGAGCGGAAAUUGCAUCUGGGAGUGAAAAUGGAAGGCGUGCAAGGGAGUACAUGGAACAAGAAAAAUUGGUUCCAGAUGAAAUAGUUGUCAUGAUGGUGAAAGACCGCCUAUUGCAGCCAGAUUCUCAUCUCAAGAAAAAGGUUGGCUUUUAUAUGGGUACCCUAGGAGCUCAUCGCAAGCAAUUGCUCUUAAGGAAUUAGGCUUUAAGCCGGAUCUUUUCGUUCUUCUUGAAGUAAGGGAUUUGUUUUUGCUGCUGUUGAUGUUUCAUUAUUGUUCUGGAACACUGUACACACAUCCGUUUUUGUCUUCCACAUACCCGUUUUUAUUUCCCAUAAAUUCCUUGUUAAUUUCUAUCUUUUAAUCUUCUCCAAUUCAUUUGAUACGACUGCCGAAAAUGAUGUGUGAGAGAUAAAAAGAGAUUUGUAGAUAGCACCACACUAUUUGUUUUUGUGAGCAUUAUGUUAGGUAUUUAUUAUACUUUUUCUUCCUUUUCA